ACGUGCUUUUUCCGGGCCGGAGCUGACGGUGGCAAGGGUUGCCGGAAGUGAAGCUUCGGGUCCGGCUCAGUGAAGAGCCGGUUUCGGUCCGAGAACGAGGAGGACGGAUCUCACCGGCCGCCGCCAUGUCCGGAAGAAACAACAACAAGCUGCCCAGCAAUCUGCCGCAGCUGCAGAACCUGAUCAAGCGGGACCCCUCAGCCUACGUGGAGGAGUUUAUGCAGCAGUAUAAUCACUACAAGUCCAAUGUGGAGAUUUUCAAAUUACAACCAAAUAAACCCAGCAAAGAACUGGCUGAAUUAGUGAUGUUCUUGGCCCAGGUCGGCCACUGUUAUCCAGAGCAUCUGGUUAACUUCCCCCAACAGCUGAAGGAACUUCUUUCUUACAACCACACGGUCUUGGAUGCAGGUCUUCGAAUGACGUUUUGCAAAGCUUUGAUGCUGCUCAGGAACAGGAAUCUCAUCAACCCAACCAGUUUAUUGGAGCUGUUCUUUGAGCUUCUGCGUUGCCAUGACAAGCUUCUGCGAAAGACUUUGUAUGUUCACAUUGUGACUGAUAUCAAGAACAUCAAUGCCAAACACAAAAACAAUAAAGUGAAUGUGGCACUGCAGAACUUCAUGUAUACCAUGUUAAGAGACAGCAACGCCACGGCUGCCAAGAUCUCUCUGGACGUGAUGAUUGAGCUGUACAAGAGAAAUAUCUGGAAUGACACCAAAACUGUCAAUGUGAUCACAACUGCAUGCUUUUCUAAAGUCACCAAGAUACUAGUUGCUGGUUUAAAAUUCUUCCUUGGCAAAGAUGAAGAUGAGAAACAAGACAGUGAUUCAGAAUCUGAGGAUGAUGGGCCCACAGCAAGAGACCUGGUUGUUAAAUAUAACACAGGAAAGAAAACCUCCAAAAACAAAAAGAAGUUGGAAAAGGCCAUGAAAGUCUUGAGGAAACAAAAGAAGAAGAAGAAGCCAGAGGUGUUUAAUUUCUCAGCCAUUCAUCUGAUUCAUGAUCCCCAAGAUUUUGCAGAGAAACUUCUGAAGCAGCUGGAGAAUUCUAAAGAGAGAUUUGAAGUCAAGAUGAUGCUCAUGGACCUUAUCUCCAGAUUAGUGGGAAUUCAUGAGCUCUUUCUUUUUAACUUCUAUCCCUUUAUACAACGGUUCCUCCAACCCCAUCAGAGAGAGGUGACAAAGAUUCUUCUCUUUGCUGCCCAAGCAGCCCAUCACCUGGUACCCCCCGAGAUUAUUGAGUCCUUGCUAAUGACUGUGGCCAACAACUUUGUCACUGACAAGAACUCCGGGGAAGUGAUGACUGUUGGAAUCAAUGCUAUAAAAGAGAUAACGGCUCGAUGCCCUCUGGCCAUGACUGAAGAUCUCCUCCAAGAUCUGGCCCAAUACAAAUCCCAUAAAGACAAGAAUGUGAUGAUGUCUGCUAGAACCUUGAUUCAGCUCUUCCGAACCCUCAAUCCACAGAUGUUACAGAAGAAAUUCCGAGGCAAACCCACAGAGGCUUCCGUAGAAGCCAGAAUUCAAGAAUAUGGUGAAUUAGAUGCUAAAGAUUACAUUCCAGGGGCAGAAGUUCUUGAGGUUGAGAAAAAGGAAGCAGAUGAAGAGGAUGAUGAUGAUGGGUGGGAAAGCGCCAGCCUCAGCGAAGAGGAGGAUGACGACGAAGAUGGCGAGUGGAUCCAGGUGCACCACUCCUCCGACGAAGAGCAGCAGGAAAUAGCUGAGAAGCUAAAGAAUGUGCCAGUGGAGGAGCGAAAGGCCAAGGCAGCUGCAGUAAGCACCAGCAGGGUUCUAACCCAAGAAGACUUUAAGAAAAUCCGCCUGGCCCAGCUGAGGAAAGAAAUGGAUGCCGCCCCGGGGAAAGCCCAGAAGAGGAAGAAUUUUGAAAUAGACAGCGAUGAGGAAGAGAGGGGAGAGCUGCUGUCCUUGAGGGACAUUGAACAUCUCCAUAAAAAACCCAAGUCUGACAAAGAGACGAGGCUGGCGACUGCCAUGGCCGGGAAGACAGACAGGAAAGAAUUUGUAAAGAAGAAAACCAAACUGAACCCCUUUGCCAGUUCUACAAAUAAGGAAAAGAAAAAACAGAAGAAUUUUAUGAUGAUGCGGUACAGCCAUAACAUCCGAUCUAAAACCAAACGUUCCUUCAGAGAAAAACAGCUGGCUCUACGGGACGCACUUUUGAAAAAGAGGAAAAAGCUAAUGAAGUAACCUUCACAUGGGGCUGACACGGGCCAUCUUGGCAGUGUUGCUUUGAAAUUGCAAGGGGCUCUUGUUGACAUUGGAAAGGAUGGGAGCUCUAUGUUGGAAGGUGCCAACUCAGAACCUCACAGCUGGAAGAGACCUCCAGUCAUCUGCCCAGCCCAAAUCCUACGCAGCGGGAAUCCCCAGCCUCACAUCCAUCCUGAGAACUGGUCACUCUGGUGCUUAAUGGUCACCUUGGAGAGGAUGCCCUCAUUGACUGCACAAAAUGUCAUAUUUGUUCAGAGUACUUUUAUUUUGGAGAUGGAACAUUGCCAACAUCUGUAAAAAUUUAUAGAAAAGAAAUAAAUUAUUUGUCCAGUGGACAUCUAUUUCAUUGGUCAGCCCAGGAUAGCAUGGUGCAGAUGUAAGCCCUGUCUUGAAAAACGACCUUGUGUUUGCCCGAUGAGUCUGCUGACUGACCUACACACACUUGGGAGCACUACUAUAAUUCAUGCCAAAGGGUUAAAUAUUUUUUUAAUGUGCAUAAGGAAAUAAUUGGUGAAAAUCUUGCUUUUUAAAAAAAUAAACCAAAUUGUACGUAA